AUGGCUUUCUUCAGUUUGUAUCUAAUGGGAUAUCAACAUUCAUUCAGGACUAAGAAAAGAGUCACAACUGAAGAAACAAACCAGAUGGAGCCAUUGUCCACUAGGCUUCCCCCAAUUACUUCAGAAGAUGGGAACUAUUCCAUGCACCAGAAUAGCCACAAAAAGUACCAAGAAGCUGUAAGGAAGGUGUUGUUAAAAACGUUCCCCAAUCAGGUCUUCAGAGUCCCUCUGACUGAUGCUCAGAACUUCAGCUUCUGGCGGUUCCACAAUCCAGGGGUGUGUCCAGAGGAAACCAUACCAUGGAUCCAGGGUCCACGCCACUGUCUCAUUAAUAGCCCAAUGACCAGAUAUAUGGAUCAUUCUAUUCUCAGUGACAGAAACUUCAGUCUAUAUUGA